AUGGUUAACAAUGAUUUCAAACAGGAGAUGCCUCCUCCUGGAGGGUAUCGAAAUUUUAAUUUUGCCAGGACAUUUCCAAAACAGUUAUUUAGACCUUACUUGGUUACUGGUAUUGUUGCUGCAUGUACAGCUUAUGGAGCUUACCAAACAUAUAUGGUUAGAAAACAUUUGGUAACAGAAAAAUUUGAAGAUGUUGACAUUCAAAAUGCUUUACAACCUUUUUUAACUGCAGAACGUGAUAGAGAUUGGCUUCGUUUUCUUAAAAAAAAUAGGGAUUUAGAAAAUGAAAUUAUGAAAGAUGUUCCAGGUUGGAAAACAGGAACAUGGUAUGGUGAACCUGUAUAUUUUACACUUGGUGAGAAAUGGUGGGAUCCAUCAUUAGUUGAAGUAUAUGCUCAUUCAAGUCAAUCUUCUUUGAAUACAGAUCAUUGGUGGAGUCAUCACAGUGAAUAUGCUGCUCCUAAAUUCUAUGAUAAGUAUUUACCAAAGUGGGUGCUUAAUACUUUUUGGUAG